AUGCGUGCGGCCACGGAAAGUGCCUCUCACCACGCCUCAGCAGCAGGCGAUUCGUCGCCUGUUGUCGUGAAUUUUCCACAUCGUGAGUCACCACGUGCGACAGGUACAUCCGUUGCGUCUGUAGCGGGUACCUCGAAUCGUAAUCCAGGAGAGUCCGAGAUAGAGUUCAUCUAUUUUGGCGAGUCGGAUGAUGCAUCCGACUCGAAGGCGACUCCUUACGCUUCCGGAUCACCCGAGGCGGACACGGCAAGAGCCAGGUUGACUGGAUCUGGUCAACGCGGCGGUAUCAUGUUCGAGAUCUUCGGAUCGAGUAAUAUUUCCGAGGAAGUUCCGCCUCACGCACGUCCAUACAACGAUAGGACGUUUAGAGAUGGUGUUGAUGCACCUAUGCAUCACCACGAGCGAAGCAACUCAAGGGACUGGGAUAAAACUGGUGCCAGUGCUAAUGCUGGCAUCAGUAAAGAAGCCAGGGACCGAAAUGUCCUGCGCCACGCUCCCCAAGUGGAGUCUCUGUGGAUGCCGUUAUCCAGAGAGUUAGACCGGUUGGCCGGUAUGACUGCCGAACGGGAAUGA